AUGGCGAUGAAUAAUUAUCAAUGGCUAACUGAAAGGGGAAAACCAAAGAAGGUGGUUGGAAUGAUGGAAUUGGAUGCUAUAUCAAUGCUUACAGCUCAAGUAGCAGCCUUGACAAAGCAACUACAAAAGACUACACUCCCAUCUCAAGCUAUACAAGUUCAAAACCUGUGUGAAUUGUGUGGGCUAAAGAAGAAUCAGUCAGAAGAAGAAGGUCAGAAGGGAAAUACACAAGGCAUAGAAGAAGAGAAGUCUAAUGAAGAAAAGGUUACUGAAGACCUUAGCAAGGAAGAAGAGGAACCACCUGUGAGUAUUGACCAUCAUGUUAGAAUUCCAUAUCCACAAAGGCUUCGCAAACAUAAUCUGGAUAAGCAGUUUGCAAAGUUUUUAGAGGUGUUCAAGAAGCUACAUAUUAAUAUAUCGUUCACAGAAGCAUUAGAACAGAUGCCCAACUAUGUGAAGUUCAUGAAGGAGAUUAUGUCUAACAAGAGAAAAAUGGGUGAUUAUGAAUCAGUAGCGUUAACAGAAGAGUGUAAUGCAAUUUCGCAAAGGAAACUUCCUCAAAAGUUACGAGAUCUUGGUAGUUUUACUAUUCCAUGCACGAUUGGGGAGUUUGAAUUUCUUGAUAUGGAGGAGGAUGAGAAUGUUCAUAUUAUCUUGGGGAGGCCAUUUUUAGCAAUUGGGCAAGCAUUGAUAGAUGUGCAAAAGGGAGAGAUAAGGCUAAGAGUGCAAGGGGAAGAAGUAGUAUUUAAUGUGUUUAUGGCUAUGACUUAUCCUAAAGCAAUUGAUAAUUGUUUUUCAGUGGAUGUGGUAGAAGAGGUAGUAGGGAGAAGAAAGUUAAUUGAAGAUCCUCUUGAAAUUAGCCUUACAGUUGAUGAUGUAGAUGGUGAGGAUAGUGAAGAGGUGUUGAGUUAUUUGAAGUGGAUACCAUCAUAUGAGUCGUGGAAGCAUAAAAAGUUUGAAGAAUUAGGCGAGGGACCGAAAAGACCAUUACCAUUGAUUUUGAAGCCACCUGUGUUAGAACUAAAGGUUUUACCGGAACAUCUACGCUAUGCUUAUCUUGGAGAGAAAGAGACUCUUCCGGUUAUAGUUUCAUCAUUUCUUUCGAAAGUAGAGUAG